AUGCAGAUGGGCAUCGCUCUGGGCGUCCUGAGGGCCCAGAGGCUGGGGGAUGAUGUGAGGAAGGGCUGCAUCGACCUGGGGCAGCUGGAGCGCGAGUGUGCGAAGCGGCCGGAGCUGCUGCGGGCGCGCGGCCUGGCCUUCCAGCAGAGCCUGCUGCAUGCGGCCGCCCAGGCCGCCAACGAGGACGCGCUGCGCUGCCUCCUGCGCUGCGCCCAGGAAGCCGCGCGUGCAGCCGACGUCGACAGCGGCGGCGGCAGCGCCCGCGGGGCCGUCGACGCCCGCAACGCGCGCGGCCAGACGCCGCUAAUGCUCGCGGCCGGCCACCCCGCGGGUGCGGCGUGCGUGCGGCUGCUGCUGGGAGCCGGCGCAGACCCCUGGGCGACAGACGCGUGCGGCGGCCGCACGGCGCUGUUCUACGCCGCCUGCGCUGACGCGGCCGACAGCGCCGCUGCGCUGAUGGACGCCACCCAGGGGGCGGUUGUGCCGCGCCCCGUGUUCCCCAACGGCCCCGCGACCCGCUACGUCGACGUGCGCAUGCUGGCGGGCUUCACGGCGCUGCACGUCGCGGUGGUCGCCGACGCGCGCGGCGCGCUGCGCGAGCUGCUGCGCGGGGCGCCACGGCUAGGGGUGCCCACGCUUUUCGGUUCCUACGACUUUAUUGCCUGCCCGCGCGGCACCUGCCCCAUGCACCUGGCUGCGCGGAUGGGGCGCACCGAGGCUGCUAAGAUGCUGCUGCUGGCUCACGCCGGCUCCCCCGCUGCGUCCCGUGCCCUGGACCCCCGCGCCCUCCUGGACGACUUUGGCCGCCUGCCCUGCCACCUGGCGGCCAUCAACUCACACCACGACCUCGCACACCUGCUGCAGCCGGGCCUGCCGUUCUCAAGCGCACUGGGCGGCGAUGCCGACCUGUACUUCGACGGAGCACCGUCCCUCAAGCUGCUGGCCGCGGCAGCGCUGCGCGCGCGGCAGCAAGAGACGCUUGCGGCUGCACAGGCCACGCUCGGCCUUCUCGGCGGCGGUGACGGCGACACAACGCGCGAUCCAGUGGCGGCAGUGGCAUGCUGUAAGGCGGCGGUGGCGGCUGCUGCGGCGACAGCUGACGGUCACCGCGUGCAUGAGGCGUGCUCGGUCGACGCCGGGGCGUGCGAGGCAGCCGCACUGGACGCGGACGCGGGUGCCGGUGCACCGCUGCGGGGCAAGGACGUCGGCUUUGUCAUGGGCCGCACUGCUGCAUGCGGCUGCGGUACUCUGGCGCCGGGCGGCAGCGGGGAGGCGGCGUUGGUGCUGCGCCGCGGCGAGGACGCCCUCACAGGCGGGUCGUGCUGCUCUGAAUCAGGCGACAGCGAGGACGAGUGCUGCGGCGUCUGCCUGGACGCACUGCCUGUUAUGCGCCUGCAGCCCUGCGGUCACAUCAUGUGCUCCGCCUGCUGCGUCGGGCUGUUUGGCAUGCAGCACGCCGAGGUCGUGGCCUGCCCCUUCUGCCGCAGCGUGGUCGGGUGCUUCCGCCCCGCAUGCUGCUGA